AUGGCGUUCCCUCUGCCACGAGGCAUUACGCCUCCGGAGAUCACAUUUCUAUGUGAAAUGGAAAUGGUGACAAUUGUUCCACGGCAGCGUCUGGAAGGUCUCGAGCUACUUGGUGGACCUAUUGAGCCACUGAUUCCACCCCGUCGUAGCUCUUUGCCGCUCUGGCUUGCCCUCCUCUUGAAGCGGCAGCGCCGUGCAAACAUCCUCGCCCCUCCAUGGCUGAAUAACGAAUGGCUCUCUGAGCUUCUCAGGAUAGAAACUGACCAUGAUACAUUUUUACCGCCCCCGCCGCUUGAUUGCCCUGCUUAUACUGGAAACGUUGCGCGUCGAGACGGGCGCCGGGGCGGACCAUCGGGAGCUACACGUACACUAGACGGCCAAAAGUACAUUCCUUCUCCUCCCUUUUUACUUCAAAACACCGUAGACGAUCAAGCCAUAGCACCGACCAAUCCCUGGCUACCCUACCAUUGGCUAGAAUUGGCGACAAUGCUACUAGACACGGCGAGUGACGAUCUCGUGGAGCCCGAUCAGCUGCGCCGCAUCAUUCGAGAUGUCAGGGAGCUACGCAUGGCGAAAAUGAGAAAGUUCACUGAGCUUGUCGAUGUCACCGCAAUCGGUGGUGGAGAGGGUUUACCUUUGACCGGCGUGGGAGCGAUGGAAAUUGGGGAAGCUAGAGGUUUUAUGUCGGGAGCUGCUGAGACACUGAGACAAAUUGGUGCAUCGAAAGAGGAAGCGCUGAGAGAGCAGGGAGAGUUGGGCGGCGAGAUGCAAAAUGACUACGAUGAAGAUGAUGAAAUGGAAGAUCUAUGA